GUUAAUCUCUAUGCAUCCUCACUGUGCAACCGAGAUGACAUGAGCAGCCAGCAGUUUGACAGGACAGCUGACAAUGUGAUCAUACAGAAUAAAACAACAUGUAAAGGCUCAAAGCGUCCAGGUUUCACUUUAAAAGAGGAGAGGGACAGGGUCUUUUGCCACUUGAUAUUCGUUUUCUUGGAAAGGCGUGCCCUUUUUUCUUUGUCCGACCUGAAAACUCAUCGCAAUCAUGCAGCAAUCAUCCUGAUUCUCACGGCCCCCCGAGAGCCGUGAGAACCCGCGUCCACCGCCGUCGCCACGAACUUCAGCGCUGUGCACAAACGGGACAUCUGGCGAGCUUUUACGCACAGUGGUGAGGCGCAGCAGCGGUGCGCUGCAUGCAAAACGAAUGCAUAGACGUGCAUAUAAACUCUCACCUGACUGACUCUUAGAAUAAAUGCAUGAAAUUAUAACAUUUUCCUUACAACCGCUUAUCGUUUCGUUGGACAUGGCUAAAGCGAUAUAAAACCACAGACUCUAUAACAAACCGAUCUCUAAUCACUCGCCAUGGAAGAGAAUCUGAGUAACUUGAGCGUGCUGAACUGGGAGCAGGUGAAGCGUCUGGAUGUCAUCCUGACCGAAUCCAUUCCUAUUCAUGGCAAAUGGAACUUCCCCACUUUGGAGAUGAAACCUCGGGAUAUUGUCAAAGUGGUGCGGUGUCGCAUGGAGGAGCGUAAGAUCCACGUCCGGGAGGUCCGGUUGAACGGUUCCGCGGCCAGUCACGUUCUCCACGAGGACAGCGGUUUGGGCUACAAGGAUCUGGAUCUCAUAUUUUGCGCGGAUCUGAAAGGAGAAGUGGCGUUUCAGACCGUCAAGGAUAUCGUUCUCGACUGCCUCCUGGAUUUUCUGCCUGAAGGAGUGAAUAAAGAGAAAAUUACUCCAGUGACAUUAAAGGAGGCUUAUGUGCAGAAGAUGGUGAAAGUGUGUAAUGAUUCAGACCGUUGGAGUCUAAUCUCCCUCUCCAACAACAGCGGGAAGAACGUCGAAUUGAAGUUCGUGGAUUCCCUGCGGCGACAGUUUGAAUUCAGCGUCGACUCUUUUCAGAUCCGCCUGGACUCCCUCCUCCUCUUCUACGAGUGUUCGGAGAACCCCAUGGCUGAGACGUUCCAUCCCUCCAUUGUGGGAGAGAGCGUUUACGGAGACUUCAGCGUAGCCUUGGACCACCUGCAACGGAAACUGAUCUGCACGCGAAAUCCAGAAGAGAUCCGGGGCGGCGGCUUGCUGAAGUACUGCCACCUGUUGGUGCGAGGUUUCCGUGCCGCUUCGGAAACCGAGAUGAAGCUUCUCGAACGCUACAUGUGCUCCCGGUUCUUCAUUGACUUCUCGGAUGUGGCAGAACAAAGGCGCAAGCUCGAGUCCUAUCUGCAGAAUCACUUUGUGGGACUAGAGGACCGGAAGUAUGAGUACCUGACCACCCUGCACAGUGUCGUCAAUGAAAGUACAGUAUGCUUGAUGGGACACGAAAGGCGACAGACUCUGAGCCUUAUCACCAUGUUGGCAGUACGCGUGUUGGCAGAGCAGAAUGUAAUUCCCAAUGUGGCUAACGUCACUUGCUUUUACCAGCCUGCGCCGUACAUUGCGGACGGCAACUUUAGCAAUUACUACAUUGCUCAGGUGCAGCCUGUCUACACCUGCCAACCCACCCACACAUUCUCACCAUGGUUGCCCUGCAACUGACCGAAAUGUGUUAACUCACAUCUGGUCCAACAUGUCCAGUUAGAGCACCCGCCCAAUGACAAGUUGAGAAGUCUGUAUUUGUGUGCUCAAAAAUGUGCGGAAAACCCAAGACAUUGCCAAUUGGCGGUUGCUAUCUCGCUGCAAGGGGAAGCUACGAGCGUGUCUGAUGGGAAAAAGAGUAGGAGAGUGAGGUAACUUGGAUUUGUUCCCAUUUGGCAGCAUGUUCUACCUAGGCUUUCCAUGGCUAAGUGCCAGGCCUAAAGAAGCACAACACUGGCUGAGAGGAAACAACACAGUCUUUUUUUGUGUGUGUACGUAUGUGUUAUAGUUAUACUUGAAGAAUCGAAGAGAUCCUGCAUAUCGCGUUGAAAGAUUAGCAAGGGAAGUGUUGUUGGGUUUUUUUAUGCUCAUUAC